GUCACGAUCACGCGUAUGGAUUGAUUUUCCAAGUUUUGAAAUUCGAAUUCCAUUUUCGAAGUUAUAAAAUUUCGUUUCCGUUGAACACUAGAGGAAAAGAGGUUUUACAUUAAAUUCGAUUUAAUUUAAAAUCCAACCCAACAUUGUAAUAUAUUUUUACGUACAUUGUUUUCUACUGUGCAGUGUCGUGUAGUGACUAAAGACUUUUAUGUAAUGAAAGUUAUCUUAGAGCUUUUCAGAAUAUUCAGCUGAAUAAGGAACGUUGGCGCCAUCAUGCCGCACACUGGCCAGGCGGGUGUCAAUCAGCUGGGAGGUGUUUUUGUCAACGGCAGGCCCCUCCCUGACAUGGUACGAAAGAGGAUCGUCGAGCUGGCCAUACUUGGUGUGCGACCCUGUGACAUUAGUCGACAGCUUCUUGUGUCGCAUGGCUGCGUCUCCAAGAUCUUAACCAGAUUCUACGAGACUGGGUCUAUUAGACCUGGUUCUAUCGGCGGGAGUAAGACGAAGCAAGUGGCAACACCGACCGUCGUGAAAAAGAUACUACGUCUUAAGCAAGAAAACCCUGGUAUGUUUGCGUGGGAAAUUCGCGAAAGGCUUCUCAGCGCGAGAGUGUGCGAGCCACAUUCUAUACCAUCAGUGUCUUCUGUUAAUCGGAUUUUGAGGAACAGUGGCCUGGCCUGGAGUGACGAUGAACCUAGGAACCCUCAUGAAACGUACGCACAACCAGAAAUAACACAAAACAUGAUGGACUACAUGAAGAAUAUGCCCCAUGCUCUACCGCAACAAACACCUUACUUCCCUCACACAGCAGUAAGAGUGCCGCCACCGCAAACUGAUUACGACAGACGUCUAGCUACCACUUGGCUUCUAGCCAACCAGCAGGCGCAACUCCUCAAGCCAUACCCUAUAUCCCCCUGGCAGAGAGUCAUGAUGCCCUACCCAGACACUAAAACCUUCUCCCCCUACUCUCUGAAUAUUCAAGAAAGGCCAGACGAAGUCAAAUCUGAAACGUCGGAACAAAUAUCAGUCGAAGCCAGUGACGACAGCACUGAUAGGCCUGACACCGACGACCAAGAAUCAAAAGUUAAGGAGAAAAAGAAAAAUCCAUAUUCUAUCGAGGAGCUCCUGAAAAAACCAGAUAAAAUUGUCAAUACUAAUCCUAUAGGGUUCCAAAAUUUUCUUCGGCAACCGAGCGGCAGUUUUAUAGAGUGCGAGAAGACCUUAAGCAAUCGAAGCUCGCCAGCAAGUUAUUGCUCUGUUCAAAGUGGAGGUUCGAAUGAUUGUUCUGUGGAAUCGAGUUCCGAAAAGAACUAGUCGAUGUUGCCAGUUGUAAAAUCCCUUUCCAAGACAUUAAAUUUUUAACUU